AUGUUCUUGAUUCCUAUCUCAGUUCGCCAUUCUCUCUUUGUCUUGCAGCCUGUUCUCCUUUUCUUGCAGCCCGUUCUCCCCUCUCCCCUUUUCUUGCAGCCCGUUCACUCUUCUCUCCUUUUCCGACAAUCCAUUCUCUCUUCUCUCCUUAUCCAACAGUUCAUUCUCUCAUCUCCCCCACCAACUACAGCCCUUUGUCUCUUCUCUCCUCCUCCGUCUGCAGCCCUUUGUCUCUUCUCUCCUCCUCCGUCUGCAGCCCUUUGUCUCUUCUCUCCUCCUCCGUCUGCAGCCCUUUGUCUCUUCUCUCCUCCUCCGUCUGCAGCCCUUUGUCUCUUCUCUCCUCCUCCGUCUGCAGCCCGUCAUUUCUUCUCUCCUCUUCCUUCUGCACUCCGUUAUCUCUUCUCCCUUCCUCCUCCUGCAACUAUUUUUCUAUUCUCCCCUUCUCCAGCAACCCGUUCUCUCUUCUCCCCUUCUCCUGUAACUUGUUCUCUCUUCUCUUAUCCUGUGGGUCCGUUCUCUUCUCUUAUCCUGUGGGUCCGUUCUCUUCUCUUAUCCUGUGGGUCCGUUCUCUUCUCUUAUCCUGUGGGUCCGUUCUCUUUUCUCCUCUUAGCAACCCGUUCUCUUUUCUCUACACUCUCUGCAACCCUUUCUCUCUUUCUCCCGCCACCUUACACUUCUUUCUUUUCUCUUAUUCACUGCUUCAAUCUUCGACAAGCUUUUCUUUGCAUUAUUAGACAUCAUCCUCCCUUUUUCGCUCGCUAUCCUUUUCUUUCUUUCUUUUUCUUUCUUUCCUCUUGUUUCUCUCUCUCCUCUUGUUUUGUUUUUGAUCUCUCUCUCUCCUUGUUCUCUCUCUCUCUCUCUCUUUCUGUGUUCUCUCACUUUUUCUGUGUUCUCUAUCUCUUUUUCUUUGUUCUCUCUCCCCCAUUCUUUGUUUUCUCUUCCCAUUCCCAUUCCCUCUUUUUUUUUUUUCCUCUUUUCUCUCUCUCCCGUCCCUUUUUCUCUCUCUCUCUCCCUCCCUCUUUCUCUCCGCCUCUUUUUUUUCUCUCUCCCCCUUUUUUUUUUCUUUCUUUUCUCCGCCCCUUUUUUUUUUUUUCUUUCCCGCCCUUUUUUUUUCUCCUUCCCUUUCUUUUUUUUUUUCUUUCUCUUUCUCCCUUUUUCUUUUUUUUCUUUCUUUCUCCGCCCCUUUCUUUUUUUUCUUUCUUUCUCCGCCCCUUUCUUUUUUUUCUUUCUUUCUCCGCCCCUUUCUUUUUUUUCUUUCUUUCUCCGCCCCUUUCUUUUUUUUCUUUCUUUCUCCGCCCCUUUCUUUUUUUUUUUUUUUUUUUUUUUCUCCGCCCCUUUUUUUUUUUCUUUUUUUCUUUCUUUUUUUUUUUUUUUUUUUUUUUUUUUUCUUUCUUUCUCCGCCCCUUUCUUUUUUUUCUUUUUUUUUUUUUUUUUUCUUUCUCCGCCCUUUCUUUUUUUUUCUUUCUCUUUCUUUUUUUUUUUCCGCCCCUUUCUUUUUUUUUUUUCUUUCUCCGCCCUUUUUUUUUUUUUUUUCUUUCUCCGCCCCUUUUUUUUUUUUCUUUCUUUCCUCGCCCCUUUCUUUUUUUCUCUCUUUCUCCGCCCCUUUCUUUUUUUUCCUUUCUCUCCCCCCCUCUUUUUUUUUUUCUUUCUCCGCCCCUUUUUUUUUUUUUUUCUUUCUUUUUUUUUUUUUUUCUUUCUUUCCCGCCCCUUUUUUUUUUUUUUCUUUCUAUUCUUUUUUUUUUCUUUUUUUAUCUCUCUUUUCUCCUGUCCAUUUUUUUUUCUCUUUUUUUAUCUCUCUGUCCAUUCUUUCUUUCCCUCUUUCUCUCUGUCCAUUCUUUCUCUCUCUCUCUCUCUGUCCAUUCUUUCUCUCUCUCUCUCUCUGUCCAUUCUUUCUCUCUCUCUCUCUCUGUCCAUUCUUUCUCUCUCUCUCUCUCUGUCCAUUCUUUCUCUCUCUCUCUGUCCAUUCUUUCUUUUUUUAUCUCUCUGUCCAUUCUUUCUUUCCCUCUUUCUCUCUGUCCAUUCUUUCCCUCUUUCUCUCUGUCCAUUCUUUCUCUCUCUCUCUCUCUGUCCAUUCUUUCUCUCUCUCUCUCUGUCCAUUCUUUCUUUUUUUUUUCUCUCUCUCUCUCUCUCUGUCCAUUCUUUCUUUUUUUUCUCUCUCUCUCUGUCCAUUCUUUCUUUUUUUUCUCUCUCUCUCUGUCCAUUCUUUCUUUUUUUUUUCUCUCUCUCUCUCUGUCCAUUCUUUCUUUUUUCUCUCUCUCUCUCUCUCUCUCUCUGUCCAUUCUUUCUUUUUCUGUCUCUUCGAUGGUCAUCUUCCAUUAUGAAUUUGGCCGCCCUAGAAAAUCAGUCUCUAUCCAAUCCUGA